UUGACCGACAAUAACCCUCCCUCCCUGCUACAGUACAGGCCCAACUGUACCAACUGAGGGCUGUCGGCUCGCUAAAGGAAGACAAAUAAAUCGCUAAUAAACCUUUCGUCAAUGGGUUUAUUAGCACAACAGCCGUGCUUUCUGCUCCCUUGCUCCGUAAUACCGAUCAGCUACUCAUUUUUAAUGGAUUUUAGUAUUUUCUACAGAAUCGGCCCUGUAUCGCUGGAAUAGGACGUUUGGCAACUGGAGAGGACUGUUCAUCCAAAGAAGCCAAUUUUUUUAACCUGGCAUCCCAUUUGUUCGUCGAGUCAAAUGCAGUUUACCGAUUAGUACACGCCUUUUCAGCAUAAGGAAUUGUCAUAGAAGAUGAACAUGGCAGUGUUCAGUUCUCAGGUGCUGUUUGCAGUUACACGGUCAAGGGGAUCCUACUUGCUCUCAAAAAGACAGUGCUGCUGCUCUGUGCCAUCAACAGCCUAUAUCCGCUACCACCAUGAGUUCGCUAGCCGCUCUCUGUCCGCGAGGCGCAGUGCUCUGACCCGCAUCAGAGACGUCAGGUCCAGCUGCAUACCCGCACAAUCGUUGCACACUUCCUGUCGAUGGCUCCAGGAUGCGAAGGAGAAGUCUGAGGAAGAUGACACCGCAAAGAGGGACGCUACCGCUACCGCGUCCGCAUCCCCUCCUCCCCCGCCUGCCCCCGCACCCGCUCCCAAGGUACCAGAUAAACUGGUUGCCAGGAAGUCGCUGGGACAGAGGGUGGUGGAGGAGCUGAAACACUACUACAAUGGAUUUCGCCUUCUGGGGAUCGACACCAACAUCGCUGGCAGGAUGGUGUGGCGUCUCCUGCACGGCCAGGUGCUCACCAGGAGAGAGAGGAGAAGGCUCUUGCGGACCUGUGCUGACCUGUUCCGGCUCGUUCCCUUCAUGGUCUUCAUCAUCGUGCCCUUCAUGGAGUUCCUGCUGCCCGUCUUUCUAAAGCUCUUUCCUCAAAUGCUCCCGUCCACCUUCGAAACGGAGAGCAAGAAGGCGGAGAAGCAGAAGAAAGGUCUGGCAGCCAAACUGGAGCUGGCCAAGUUCCUGCAGGAGACCAUCGCCGAGAUGGCCAGGAGGAACAAGGCCCAGACCGAAAGCGAGACGCAGAAGUUCUCCACCUACGUGCAGCAGGUGCGUCACACCGGGGAGCAGCCCACCACCAAGGACAUCGUGAAGUUCUCCAAGCUGUUUGAGGACGAGCUGACGCUGGAGCACCUGGAGCGCCCCCAGCUGGUGGCCCUGUGCAAGCUGCUGGAGCUGCAGCCCAUCGGCACCAACAACCUGCUGAGGUUCCAGCUCAUGCUGCAGCUGCGCACCAUUAAGGCCGAUGACGAGAUGAUAGCUACCGAGGGUGUGCCCGCCAUGAGUGUGUCGGAGCUGCAGGCAGCCUGCAGGAGCCGGGGUAUGAGGUCUCUGGGCCUGACCACCGACCAGCUGCGGCAGCAGCUCCAGCAGUGGCUGGAUCUGCAUCUGAAGGAGAACGUGCCCCCGUCCCUCCUCCUGUUGUCCCGGGCCAUGUACCUCACGGACCUGACCCCCAAAGCCCCCAUCAUCCCCCCAGUGCCCAAACUGGAGAAAGUCACCCCUCCAGCUGAAAGCACAGAGGCCAAAGCAACACCUGCAUCAGCCUCUUUGAAUGAGCUUGUGGAUUCUGCCCCCGUCAUAAAUGACAGAAAGGAGGAAAGCAUUGAGGAUAAGCCCAGCAAGGUUAUUCCAGAAACACCACCAACAGCGGAAAAAGUAAUACAAGUCAAAGGUACUGAGGUGUCCCAGAAAAGCAAGAUGAGCGCCAAUGGGAUCUGAGAACCAGGUGAUGGAGCGGGGGCUCCAUUCUGCAGGAAGAGAAGAGGGGAGGGGAGGGGCGUGCUGCUAAAAAAAACAGAGGGGUCACCCCCGCCCCCCGCCCCUCCCUCGCUCGCCCUCACUGGGACCCCCGUCUGGCCACAGCGUUCUCCAGCUUUCCGAGGCGGGAGCGUCUCCAGGAAAACGGCCAGGUUUCAGCACGGCUUGCCUGGCAGAUGCUGCUUCCCGUUUGAAAUCGUCCACAACCGAGUCUGCCCCCCAAAGCAGGGUAACGUGACGAAAGACACGCAUGCACGCGCUCCAGUAGUGUUCAGAUUUGCAGUUCAGACAUUGACACACACCCAAAGGAAAAUGUGCUGUUGUAUUUCAGCAAAAAAAAAAAAAAAAGAAUAGUUUUCUAACAGUAAAACAAAAACCAUGAUUUUGUAUAUUUGUAAAUGCACUGUAUAUGGUUAUCAGUGUCAGGCAGAUUUUACGUACAGCUGCUUUGUACAGUCAUAUGAACUCUGACUUGAUCUUUAUUUUCAUUUUGCGUGAGAAUGUUUUAAUGUGAGGUUGAAGUGUCUCUUGUUUUAAAUAGCAGCUGUAAAUUGCAAAUUUACACUUUUGAAGUUCACUCCUUCAGGAGAGCCUGCGACACUUUCAAGUAGCCUUCCACAGCCUGCCCCUGGCAGGACCGCAGUGUGUAUAAUUAUUUUUAUAUUUAAAUAUGCAGUGUAUAUAUCGUUUCAAUGAAACCCCCACUUGGCUUUGGAAUCUAAAUCUGACAUUGUAUUAUGGAAGGAUUUUCUGCAAAAGAUUCUGAACUAUUAUCACCACGAAAAAUUGUUUUCGUAGUGAUAAUCGUUUUCUAAAUUUUUUUAAUCCUCUGUGGUAUACAUCUUGCAAAAGUUCAAGGAUUAUUUAUUUGAUCAAAUGUAUUUAAAUAAAUAUUGAGUAUACACAAGAAAAUGGUUACAAAAGAUACAUUUGUGACAAUGAGAUAUUGUUUUAAUUUACACCAUCUCCCCCACAAAAAUAAGACCGUGAGAAUGAGAUCAUAUACGGCAGGGUUAAGUAGAUGUGCCCUAUACAUAUGUAUGUCAUCUUGUCUUUGCUUGUGUUGCCUUGGUGCAAAAAAACACUGAAAAUUGGGUGAUUGACAGGAGAUGUGUUCAUUUUAAGUUUACGUCAACUUGCAAGGUCCCCGUCCCCCUCGGGUUGCCGUCAGAGUUAAGUGGCUUAACUUAACCUCGUUAGCGUGUUAGCGCACUAGCCCUUAAACUCCACGUUUCUGCUCUGGCCUUCUAAUGAUGACGCAGCGCCAGCCGGACAAGAGCCUGGGGAUUAGAGAGGAAUGUUGCACGGACAUUUCAAAGGUAAGAGUUAGCCCCAGGGGAAAUGCCGCUCCAUUGUCUGGGGGGGGCACUGGAGAGGUCCCGGGUCGCAGACUGAAAAGUAUAAAAUGGGUCAUUCACCUGUGCACCCAUCCGUUUUGCAGUUCCAAACUAUUUUGGUACUUGGGUUAAAGGUUAUAGAGCAUCACUUGACAUCACAAAAAGGCUUGCCCUGUUUUUUUACUUUUACCUCUUCCUUAAGUUGAAUGUUUUUUGUCCAGGAAUGACAAUCGACAGUCUCCUUUGAUUCUGCUCCAUUCUCUUUCUCGCGUUGAUUCUGAAACAAAUCUACUUACUGUUAUGCAAGAGUGAAGAUCGGUUUCCCCUCCUUCGGAGCCACAGGUUUCAACCAAUUUGGCUGCAGACUUAAAAUAUGUUGUGUAUAUUUUUGUAGAGAUUUAAAAUAAAGUUUGGUGGCACCUUCCUGGGUAAACAAUUGCCAUUAUGGGGUUAGACAUAUACUAACCAGGGAAUGUGGAAAGUGUAAUUCUACCCUAGACUUUUGACACUUUAUCCCACAGGCGUUUCGUUGUAUUUCACAUUAAUGUAUUACCAAAAUUAUAAUUACAAAAAUAGGCUGGCAUAUCCUUGGCACCGGAGAAGUAGCUUCUUGAGUGGUUUGUAUGGACAUUGUGUGUAAAUGUACAUUUGGCCUAUCCGUGCCAAGUAAUUCUCCAUGCUGUAGAACAGGGUUAAUGGCUUCCCAAACCCAUGACUUCUCUGAAAGCUGAGCAGUCUUCUUAUUGUGAGUUUUUCCUAAAAAUGGAGCAUGGUCCAUUAGCAUUUUAACACUACAAAAUGUCCUGAUUGUCGGUGUCAUCGGAUGACUGCGAGGGGAACGGUUACUGUGAUCAAGUCACUCGGACGUUCCGUAGGAUUGUACUGAUGGGCAGGUCAAGCUCGGUGCUUUAGAUAUAGAUGAGGUCAAUGAAACCCCUUGCUUGUAUAUUCCACUGUACCUUACCCAUGUUGAAGAAUUGUUGUAUUUACCUGCAUUCAACUGCCAUUUUUACUCCUGUACUCCAAAAAAAACUUAUUGGAGAGUUGAAUAUUGUCAGCAUUAAAAUAAUCAAACUUGCACUCCAUGCCUCAUUGUCUCUAAGAAAAUAAAUUCCGUUGGACUUGU